CUUCCUCUGCGGGACUCGCUGCGAGCAGGUACAGCAUCUCUGCAGUCCACCGCUCAGCUGUUGCGCUCAGCUGCCCAGCGCUUCCACUUUACAGGAAACUUCUCACACCGCAGUCGUAUAUACCACACGCACGCAUUUACACACAAAGUGUAAACAGCUUGUGAUAGGUCGCUUCACCCUGCCCCAUCUGUUUGCGUGUUGAUCCCUUCAGCAGGCCCUGCUUCUCCUGUCCGCAGCGUCCGUGAUGAGUUACUACAUGGAUCCAGUUUCUUCCUACCCGGCCCUUCACCCCUGUGACCGUCUGGGCGCAAUGAGGCAUAGUGGAGGGGUGGCAGUGGGCCCUCAGACCCACCUCGCAGGUGUGGUUCACCCUCAGCAGCAGUACUACCCAUCACAGCCCCUUUACAUCCAGGACAUACCCCUGCAGGAGGUGCCAAACGGACACGACGUGUGCCCUACAGAUCCGGAGUGUGGAGAUGUCCCCCUGCUAACUCCAGGAAGUAAAGAGAUGAUGUCCCAGGCCCUGAAGGCCACCUUCAGUGGCUUCACAAAGGAACAGCAGCGGCUGGGUAUUCCCAAAGAUCCCAGACAGUGGACUGAAAACCAUGUGGCUGAGUGGCUAACGUGGACAGUGAACGAGUUCAGUCUGAAGAAUGUCGACUUUGACAAAUUCUGCAUGAACGGAGCCAGCCUUUGUGCGAUGGGGAAGGAGCGUUUUCUGGACUUAGCACCUGAUUUUGUGGGUGACAUUCUUUGGGAACAUUUAGAAAUGCUUCAGAAAGAGGAUGCAAAGCAUUACCCCAUCAAUGGACUGACCUCCAACUUCCAGGAAUCCCGUUAUACCUCAGACUACUUUGUCAAGCCCGGCUUCAUCACAGAGUCUUACCAGACACUUCAUCCCAUCAGCUCGGAGGAAUUGCUGACGCUCAAGUAUGAGAGUGAAUAUCCUGCUGUCAUCCUGCGGGACACGCCCCUCAACCCGCUUCAGGGGGACUACUUCACCGUCAAGCAGGAGGUGGUAUCCCCCGACAACAUGUGUGUGGGACGCCUCAGCCGAGGUAAGCUCGGUGGCCAGGACUCCUUCGAGAGCACUGAGAGCUUUGAGAGCUGCGACCGAUUGACCCAGUCAUGGAGCAGCCAGUCCUCAUUCAGCAGCUUGCAACGGGUGCCUUCGUACGACAGCUUUGAUUCGGAAGACUACCCCACUGCCUUGCAUAGCCACAAGCCAAAGGGCACUUUCAAAGACUAUGUGAGGGAGCGCUCAGACCUCAGCAAGGAUAAACCCGUCAUCCCAGCGGCGGCACUUGCAGGAUACACAGGCAGCGGCCCCAUCCAGCUGUGGCAGUUUCUCCUGGAGCUACUGACCGACAAGUCUUGCCAGUCCUUCAUCAGCUGGACAGGCGACGGCUGGGAGUUUAAGCUUUCUGACCCAGAUGAGGUUGCUCGGAGGUGGGGCAAGAGGAAAAACAAGCCCAAGAUGAACUAUGAGAAGCUGAGCCGUGGCCUACGCUACUAUUAUGACAAGAAUAUCAUCCACAAGACAUCAGGGAAACGCUAUGUCUACCGCUUUGUCUGUGACUUAAAAAGCCUGCUGGGGUACACUCCUGAGGAGCUCCAUGCAAUGUUGGACGUACAGCCUGAUACGGACGAGUGAAAGCAAAGGCAAAGCGAGAAGUGAAGACAAAAGUUGAGGAGACACGUGGACUGGGGCUCAAGUGGUCUCAACUGUUUUGAUAGAGUUGGUAAAACCGUUUUUUAGGGACCAAAAUGUUUUUAAUGACUAACUGUGGUCCUUGUCAACUUCAAGCUCCUGUCUCUCAGACCAUGUUUUAAAAAGAAGGCACAAGCCAAAAGCCUGUAUUCAUACCCUGUUGCAUUUGAGAUGUGUGUGCGCGCAUGUGUGUGUGAGCGUGCGUAUGUGUGAUUAUGUACCGGUAUUAUUUAGCAGCUCAAGGCAGAUCGCUAUCGGGUAGAGUUCAAGUUCCGUUCUGCCUAAGUAGCACAGUGGGGGAGACGAGAGGACCAAGACAUAAGGACUGACAGAACCGAAAGAGAGCAAAAUAAUGGAUUAAUUUCAUGGUUUAGUUAGAAUGGGUGAAACAUUCCUGCAUAGAAAAAAAAAACAGUUGCCAAAAUGUAAAAACUGAACUAAGGAAGGUAUAAUGACAUAUUUACAUAAUUAUUCAGUGUUUCUCUUUGGCAAAAAGAGAAUUUUCAGCUUGGACCAAAAAAGUGUCGUUUCAGAUUUGUUGUUUGAGGAGCGUAUGCUUGUGCCAGUAUUAUAUUAUUAAUGUUGAGAACACCUAAUGUAAACCUACUAGGCAUAUAUUGGAAAGAUAUUUUUGUUGUGUUGUCAAUGAAGGUAUUACAACCAAGCAUCCAAUGCCAAGUUUUUUUGUUCUGUUCUCUAGGAGCCUUUAACUGAAAUGUGCUGAUUGGUUAUCAGACAACACUAUAGAUACUGGCCAUGUGCUUUGUAGGGUUUGUGACAUUACUCAUACCUAGAGUGUCUGAUAGACAAACAACUGAAAGUAGCCGUUGCUUUUGAAACUGACGUUUUCACCUUUACGUACGUUUGCCACCUUGUUACAAACGCAUAUUGUGACUGAAACUCGUGCAUUUUUUGCAUAUACCACCAGUAUUAGCAAACUGUAGACAAUCUAUGUGAGGAAAUUCAGGAGUCCUUGUUAAAAAGAGUUGUUUAAUGUGCAGAUUAGAUGCAUAAUUGGUCGGUUCACUGUCCAUGUUACGGUUGCUUUAGAAGUGUUUGAAUAGUCUUCUGUCUGUAUGUUUAUACAAUAAAAUCACAAGUGAAAUAGCUGAGGAAGUGAUUUUUCAAAAUCCUAAGAAAGCCAGUUUUUUUUUUUUUUAUGUUUUGUUAUGCAGUACAUUUUGGCCAUGAGGCUGCAGUGUAGCGUGAAGGUACAGUGUAGGAAAAAGGGACAGGCAAUAGAAAAAUGUGGACUAGAGAGAAUCGGAAGUUGUGUGGGAUAGAUGAAGGUGACUGAAAGGAAUACUGCAGGUGAUGAUCACUUGUAAGGUCAGAUAGAGGAAGACUGACAGAAUUGAUGCAAGUUGGCACUGCUUGGAGGUUUGCAUUGCAUGGGUUGUGUAUUUUCCACUGCUUGUGUGGUUUGUUGGAUGCACGAAUGCAGCUGAAACCUCAGUGCAAAAAGAGGCAUUUAGGACUAGUGGCAAACAUUUAUAUUUCAUUUUUGGGUUUGUGCGUUACUUAUCUAUGAGCAAAACCUUCAGUUCAUUGUGAGUAACUCAUGUAGGAUUCCACCCAUACUUGUGCAUUAAGAAUCACUGGUUACUUUUGAGCAGCAGUUUUCUCCCAACAGUGGGAACAGUGGCUUUACACUGGCCUUAUGGGAAAUGCCAAAGUGGAAUAUCAUCUUAGAACACAAUGUUAUUGUUUACAGUGGCUGAAUGUUACCCAUAUGGAUGAAAAUAGCUUUUGAGAUGUCUAUUUGUACAGAUUGUAUUUCAUAAUCCUUUAUUGAGACCCAGAUUACACAAAUAAGCAAGAGACAAAGCAGGAAUAAUAACCAAAACCCUUGUGAGGUCUUUGGCCACGGUGCUUCGGGUAUCAUCCACAAUGUCUGAAGACAGGGACCAGAAUUUUCUCACAUUUCUUUUUUUUUUUUUUUUUUGGAAAGUGUUGACUUUUCUUCCAUCUUUUGUUAAUAUGUUGGAAAGCACACAAGCUUUAGGACUUAAUGCCUUCGCUGAUCUGGGUUUCCCACUGAGUGCAGGAAAGAGAUGCUGGAUGUGUUCAUAAUGUUUAAUUGGUAAUAAGCUUGUCUCCCAUCAUCAAGCACUGACUCACAAACCCUCACCCAUGUUCGUCAACAAAUGGAUUCGUAAUAAGCUGCACUGUAGUUCCAUUCUUCUCUGAAUAUUGAUGUCAAGGUUUCAAAACACUGUUUUUGUUGAGGUAAAUUUUUUUGUUUAGGAGAGCUUUACAGAUUUUUAAAACAUAAUUGUUUGCUUUUCCCCACACACAAGGUCAUAAUAUAAGUACAGUUAGUUUAAGAUUAAUGUGCUUAAAGAAAACAUUACGUUACCUAAAAUUUUAGUGUUUUGGAAAUGAUUUUGACAGGGAAAUGUACUAUUGUUAAAUGUCACGCAUUACAAUCUACUGCAGGUCAUAUGUAUUAAUGAACCUUAGUUGGGCAAGUGUAUACACACCAGUAGUUUGUGGCAUAUGCAUAUCUCAAAAUGGAUUCAGAAGGAAAACCUUUUUUGUUAUGGAUGUUGUUGUUUUUUGUAUAUUUUAUAGUGUCUCUGUAUUUUUGUUAUGAGAUCAUUUUUAUUGUAUUUAGUUCACAAACAUUUGAAUAUUUUUCAAUAAUUUAUAUUUUAUAAAAGACGAGAGAUGCAGACAGCUGGUGCUUUCAUGGGACUAUAAAGGUAGCGCAGGACAAAAUAAUGUAGCGAUUCUUUUUUGUUUUUUUAUUCUUUUUUAUAUAUAUAUAUAUAUAUAUAGAAAAUAGACCUGUCUGCUAGAGAAAAAAGGCUGAUGCUGGCCCAUCAAUGAUUUCUGCUGGAAAGGUUUUAUAAACUGUAGCUUCUAUUUCUAAAAUGUACUUAAUGUACUUCAAAAUGUUAUAAAAUAUAUGUGAACAAAGAUUU